AUGGUCCAGAAUAUUUUCACGAUAGUCUGUGUGACUAUUUGUAUAAUUUCGUUGGGAAUUAAGGCCAGAGAAAAGGGCCAGAAAAUAAAGUCUGUGGUUACGGGCCCUGAAAUGGCGUUUUCUAAGGACUAUGUAUCGUAUUUAGGCUUUGUCCCUGGAGAAUCCAAGGUUAUAAUGUUUAAUGUAACUCGGUUAGUAAAGACUAUCUUCAUGGACAAUCGCGUUGAAGACGAAGACACCAAUCGGGUGUUCUACAGAGUCCAAAACUUCUCCGUCUGCAACUUUUUAAACAACCGCCUCAUUUCAACGCUCUACUCCGCUUUUUACGAAGAGUUUGUGGGUAAUUCCACGGUUCUUAAGUGUCCUGUUCGUCCUGGUAUUUACUAUAUGAAGAACGGUAUAACUAAUCAGUCGGUGCCCUCAUUUCAUCCACCUGGAAGAUACCGAUUUAUGGUUAACAUCAAAACCGAGAAGGAAGCAUCUUAUACGGCGAGGUUUGUUUGGCGAUACCGUGUUUCACGUUCAUAA